AUGGGGGUAACGCUGAUUGCAUAUAGCAUUUUACAACCAAGAGGGGAAUUAGUAGGCAUAGAUAUUGAACUUGCCGGAGAACUAUAUCUCCAAUGGUGUCACGACCAGCCGAUAUCGCUCUUUAGGAAGGACGAGUUCCUCGGCGCCUUGGGAUCUCGUGACCAAGAGCUUCAAUUAGCAAUUAGCGCCUUGACAGCUCGAUUCCCACCUGGGGAUUUCAAGGCCGAAAAGCGACAGGAAGUGGCCUCGACAGUGAGAUCAUGCCGAAAACUAGUUACAGAUCGGAUUAUCAAUGGGAAGGUCAGAUUGUCUACGUUACAAUGUCUGUGCAUUCUUAGUAUGGUUGGAUUCGCAGACGGUGAUUCAACUCAGGCGGGACUUGAUCUUACUACGGCUACCUAUCUCAAGGAUGCCCUAACUAUAGGCUCAUCAUUGGGUAAUCCAGAGGAAUACCAAUUAUGUAUCCAUAGUAUUUCAACCUUGCAGUAUCUUCAAGGCCGUAUCCCCAACUUGGACAAAUCUGUUCCUGGAGGUACCUUUCUUCAACUUUCGAAUAAACCUCAGCACUAUGAGAAGGCCCAUAUCGCGCAAGAGAUAGACGCGGGUGAAGAGUUCUACCAAGGCAUUUUGCCGUACAAGGCACAAGCAGCUGAGAUCUGGCAUAUGGUCAGGGCCUACGCAGCCGCUCGCGUCGGAGCAGAUAGUCUUCCCCCAUGGAGCCCGCAGUCUGACUAUUCAUUGGUUAUGUUGCGUAAUCUUGAGUUUGAGUGUCGGUUCCCGUUGAAGUAUCGAUACGCCACCAGCAACUUCGGUGGCAUGAGCUGCGAAGCCUUAAACUCUAGAAGAGAUUACUGGACAUCAUUUUUCAUGACUCACUUUAUACAUGAGACCGCUUACAUAUUGCUCAACCACCCAUUUCUGCUGUCGCUGCGGCUGAGGAACUUCCGACACAUGCUGCCGCUUACGUUCAUACACCAUUCAUUUGAACAUUUAUCUAGAGAGACAGGCUGGGUUAUUUUCUUCCUGAAUGUUCUUGAGAAACAAAACUUCGUUGAAGAUAGUGUUCUCAGGAACAAGGCACAGAGCGGAUACGAGACUUGUUUACGGUUCUUGAAGCAGGGAGCGUUAGUGUGGCCACGUAUUAUGUGCAUGACUGAGAAGUUGCAGCAACUGCGAGAUAGCGUUGCGAUCGACACAACUACAGGAACCGAACAGCAGGUGCCUAGUCACCAAUCUUGGUCAAUUAAUGCGAACUUAUUAUGGGAGCUUUUGAUAUAUGACAAAGCCGGUUCCCUUGACCCGGAAAUAUCUAUGUUUGACGAUACCAUCACUUUAGAGGACAGGCAGCAACAAGAUGUAACCGAAUGUGCUACGGUUGGAUCCGCUGGCCUAUUCGGGCACAGGGCAGCAAGAAAGGAACACUUCGCGUACGCACCGCAGGAGGGCAGUAAUGUAUUGCAUCCCACAUCUACGACAACAGGUGAGAGGGACAGAGUUGGCUUUCUAAGUGAGCAACCAUUCACGGGACUCGGGGAAUUGAACAUGGUAGACCAGCAAGAUUACUUCCCUUUGCAGGCUGAAGAUUUUGGAAAGGCGAUAAAUGACUGGAUAAGCUUUGAUAUGCCCGAUAUCACUUAG